GGAUAUUAGAAAGACGGUACAACAUUCAAAGUUUGUAAACACUGACCGUGGGACAAUAACUACAUUUGUUUUAUAAAGAAAGUUGAUUCGCGCCUUGGCUCAUGUUAAAACAGCGUAGUGAUUCGGACUGGAAGCAUUGGACUGGAACACAGCAACUGACAUGAGCCCAAAAUGGUUUUUUUAAAAGCCAUCCACAUAAUACCGUUUCUCCUUAUUCUGUUCGAGAAAUGUCAAACAGAAAAAUGUGACCGGAUCAAAAUCGGCAAAGACUAUUACAAGAGAACAUUAAUUGCCACUAUUGACGGCUAUCCGACUGGUAUGGUCAUAGAUCCAAGAACUGAUCAUAUAUUUUUCUUGUUAAAUAAAAGGAAUUAUACUAAAGGAUUGCAUCUACUGAAACACGGGUCACUUGGGAUCAAACAAUUGUCUGUAGCCGAUGACAUGAUUGGACAAUGCGUUGCCAUUGACACGGCAAACAACAUAAUUUAUAUUGGUACCAAUCAAGGACUAGUUAUUUACGAGUACUCCAAAAGCGAAAUCUCAUCAGAACGACCCAUAGGAGACGAUGACAUUAGAAGUAUUUUCAUUGACAAAAGCGACAACCAGAUGUACAUUAUCACUGGAAUAAGUCGCGAAGUUUUCAAGUUUAUGAAUGGGACAACGGCCAUCAAACGUUACGAGAAGAUUCCAAAAGCAUAUAGCUUUGUUUUGGAUAGUAAAGGCAAUGCGUUUUAUGAAUACGUCGACGGCAGAAUGUAUUUCUUCUCAGCAGAUCUAUACGAACCUAUACAAUAUAAAGGUUUCACAAGAGAAUUGAAAUAUGUACUCCAAUUGAACAAUAACGACGAAGCCAUAUUAGGAGUUAAAGGGUGUCUUUUCAAAUUGCAUACUAAUAACAUUUUGCCUGAAAAAAUUGCGCAGUUUGGCUUUAAAAUUACAGGCAUAGCGUUCGAUACUAAAAAUAAUAUAAUAGUUGGUACUAAAGGGAAGAUAUAUAGGUAUAAACCUAUCGAGGCAAAUGAUCCGUGUCCACCUGAUGAUUAUUUCAUGUCUAAUAUCUAAAUGGCUCAUAAAAGUUGAUUACAAUGUUGAUCUUGCGUGUAACUUAUGUUUGAAUUAAAAGUUUUUGUUAAAAUAAAAUACAUGU